UUUUAAAAGUUUUUAAGUUCCCACUGAUAAGGCAGAGCGCCUUGGGCUACUUGGGAUUUACCAAACGACAAAAGCUUUAGUCUGCUCCCGACACUCGGCGCGUUCGCAGAGCGUCCGAGAUGGAUCGCACUGUACACCUGUAUUUGAUAAUAAUUUUCGGGCUCUGGUGCUUGACCCUGACUUACUCCCAGCGGUCUCCAUUCCCUCCACCACCGCCAGGCCGAGCUCCACUUCUCGAGCAAACUGCUAUUCGCUUUCCUGUGGAACGUGAUAUACUCUUCCCGGACUUUGAUGCUAGGCCAGACCAGGCGGGGGAGAAGAUGUGGUUUCGCAUAAGCGACUUUCAGUUUGACCGGGAGGAGAACCUGCCCCAGCCCAAGGCCAGGCACCACCCCCCGCCACCAAGGCCAGGCCAGCCCUUUCCACCGCCCCCCGGGGGCUUUAAAAAGAAGAAUAUCAAGCGACGCCGCAUCUGUGAGCAAAAAUACUCCGAGUACGUAGAGCGCAUCUUCCCAAAUGACACGGCUGUGGCCGCUGAUGCCAAUGACGCAGAGUUCGAUGGGCGAGUACUAGCCAGGCCCGGUGAAUACCCCCACAUGGCAGCCGUGGGCUUCGAAGCUGACGCAGAUCGAGUCGAGUACAAAUGUGGCGGCAGCCUGAUAAGCGAGAACUUCGUACUUACCGCCGCCCAUUGUACUUCCAUAUAUGAGGCGGCCCCCAAAUGGGUGCGCAUUGGGGACCUCAACCUGGUCGUCGAGGAACGCUCGGUAGAAGCUCAACUGAUUCGGAUAGAGAAAAUAAUCACGUACCCAAGUUACGACAAGGGGAAAUACUACGACGACAUAGCCCUGCUGAAGCUUGAAAGGGAAGUGGAACUAACGGAAUACGUGCGACCAAUACGUCUGUGGGUCCUCCCAGAGCUGCCAACGACGAUUGCCUUUGCAAUGGGGUAUGGGGCCACGAGCUUCGCCAAGGCCAUGACGAACCGACUGACUAAUCUUAACCUGACCAUAGUACCGAACGCUGAGUGCAAUACCGAGCUGCCGCCAAUUGCCGAGACACCUAACGGAGUUCUGGAAAGCCAGAUCUGCGCCCAGGAUUAUAUUCUCAACAGAGACACCUGCCAGGGGGACUCGGGGGGUCCGCUGCAACUGAAUCUGCCUGGACGUCGUCGACGGCAUAGAAUACACUACCACCUAAUUGGUGUUACCUCUUACGGUGUGUUCUGCCGCAGUAGUUAUCCGUCAGUUUACACCCGUGUAUCGUCCUACUUAGACUGGAUUGAACGUACUGUUUGGACUUAAAAUGU